CUCUCUCUCUCUCUCUCUCUCACACACUUUCUCCCUUCCUGCCUGCAAUCUACUCGGUCAGUCAACUGGUUUAAAUACCCGUGUCCAAAAACCCGGCAACAUCAAAAUAUUUCCUUCUAGACUGGUCUACAUUGUUUCUUAAACCACUGUACGUUUUUGGCUAAGAUAUGGGUAAAAUUGGUUCUGCCAGCACCCAAAAUCGGACAAGCCAGAGAAACAAGAAUCAGCAGAAGGUCAGAGCAUCAAAUGGAUCAAAGCGAAAAAAGACUGAAGACAAAGAAAACCUUCCUGAAUGUGUUCAAAAGACAAAUGUACUUAAAAGAAAGCGGGAACCCCUUCAAUCAACUGGCAAUAUUUCUGAUCACUACCCUAAAAAGAAACGUGUGGUGUCAACACAGAAGGAAUUUUAUUCCACGUCAAAUAGGCCUCUUGGAUAUUGUUUGAUCAUAAACAACUACAACUUUGAGAGAACGUCACUUGGAAACCGGAGAGGGACAGAAAAAGAUAAAGAUGAUCUCACCAGAGUGUUUGAGAACAUGUUUUUCAAAGUUGAUGUGCGGAAUGAUUUGCAAGCAUCAGAUAUGCAGAAUGUGAUAAAGGAGCUUGCAGAGAGGGAUCACUCUCAGAUGGAUGCUUUUGUCUGCUGCAUCCUGUCCCAUGGAGAAAAAGGCUCUGUUCUUGGAAUAGAUGGAAAACCAGUUCUGAUCCGUGAACUCACACAGCCUUUUGCUGAAUGCCACACUCUAGUUAACAAGCCGAAGCUUUUCUUCAUUCAAGCCUGUCAGGGUAAUGAGGGCCAGCAAGGUGUGUGUAUUGCAGAUGGACAGGAGAAUACCAGAGAAGAAAGAACAUUUGAGAAGGAUUCUCAUACUGUUGCAUGGCACGGUGUCCCUAAAGAUGCUGAUUUUCUCAUUGGAAUAGCAACGGUUGAGCACUACAAAUCUUUCCGCCACAUAAAAGAUGGGUCCAUCUUUAUCCAGGAACUCUGCAAACAGUUGGAAAGUGGCUUGAAAGAGGACAUACACUCCAUUUUGACAAAGGUGAAUAGAAUAGUGAGCUCCAAAAUCCUUCAGGGUUGCAAGCAGAUGCCUGAGGUUCGCUACACUCUAACCAAAACACUGGUCCUGCCCAUGAAGCAAAGGUCUUGAUUUAUUUGAGGCAUGACAAUCUGGCAUCCAUCUCUUCCUCUCUUGUGGGAAAAGUUCCAUUUGUAAUGCAUUUAGAAUAUUAUUAAUUCUGAAAAUAAUGUACUGUUCUUUGUACGUUGCUUUUUACAUCCAAGAUGAAAUCAUCGGGUUAAUCUGGCCAAUUCAGUUCUUUAAACGCACCUGUUGUUGAUGAUUAGCAUGGCUGGAUUCAGUUAUCUGAGAUAACUGCGCGUACAUGGGUUGCUUUAAGGGGUUAUGUAUCAAUACUCGAAACCACGAACAAUGCAGCAAUUGCCUGGUAUCAAAACAGCAACUUAAUCACAUUAUAUAAUUAUAAGGCACUUGACGAAAAACUUGACACAUUUCUGGACUUUUAUAAGGAAACAGCCAAGACAACAAAACUACAUAAAUGUUAUAAUAGAUAAAAGGGGGGGUGAAAUGCUCAUUUUCACUCAAUAUCCUGUUAAUCUUGAGUACCUAUAGAGUAGUACUGCAUCCUUCAUAACUCCAAAAAGUCUUUAGUUUUAUUAUAUUCAUAAGAGAAAGAUAGUCUGUACCGAUUUUUCCCGGAAAAACACGAGCGUCUGGAGGCGUGACGUGUGGCCGGAGCUAAAGAAUCACGAGCGUGAGUAAGCUUUUGCGUUGAGAGAGUUUGGAAGCUGUGACAGCUGUGAAGGCUGAUACUGAACGAGAGCAGCAGCAGCAACGACUCGCUCCGAGCGGGGCUCGAACCCGGGUCUCCGCAUGGGAGGCGGACGCACUAACAAGGAGGCAGAGAUAUUUUAAGCAGUUUUACUCACCGCAUGCGGUUCCAACACACGAUCGUGACCCUUUUUCAUUGGGACUGCAUUAUCCUUAAGAAAUAAACGAUGUGCAAAUCCGGCGUCAAACUGGGCCUUGUUUGUAAAACAAGCAUCUUCGAAAUGCAGGGAACAAACAAAAACACUUGCACAACUCCGUUGAUGCUCUGUAAAAAUAAACUCCAUCCACUGGUCCCUUAAUGCUGUUUCUCUUUUGGUAAUCUGUGCAGGGUUGUCUUGCCCUGUCAACCAAAAACACACUCCUUUUGGUGACAUUUCGCGACGCUCUCGCUCUGAUCAGUGAGUCUGUGCUCAGCCUCUCAGUACUCUGCUAUACGGGAGCGCGCGCUCUUCCGGCAAACGUGCCCUAGGACCCAUAUAAGGAAAUUCCGCUCCAUCUAACGUCACACAGAGCCAUACUCGAAAAAAACUUUCAGAAACUUGUGACAAACCGGAAGGAGUAUUUUUGGAACAAAAAUACUCCUUCAAACGUACAACUUAAUUUUUGAAACUUUGUCCAUGUUUAGCAUGGGAAUCCAACUCUUUAACAGUGUAAAAAACUCAGUAUGCAUGAAAUAGCAUUUCACCCCCCCUUAAAUGAAAUGUGCAUUGUUGUUACAAGUAAUUAGCAAUUCAUAUUUCAAAUUUAAUGUAAGUUUUGAACAGAUUUGUUUUCAUGACAGCACUUAAACAGCAAUUAAAGUUUCUUAAGGGUCAAGAUCAUGCUAUUUGCAUCUCCUGCGCUACAUCAAGCCACUGCCAUCAUAGCUGUCACCACUCAGAUUAAUGCACGGCUCUACGUUAUGUGUGUAAGACUCUAAUACAAUUAAGAAGUAAUUAUUUUAUGGUGAAUAAAUCAGUAAAACUGGCCAUGUUUAUAGUAUUAAAGACUACAUAA